UCGGUGCCCGCGCCGAGCGCGGCCGGGCGCGGGGCGGUGCCGCUGCCGCUGCCGCUGCCCGCCCGGAGCCGUCGGGCGCACGGCGGGGCUCAGCGCCGCGCCGGCACCUUCUCUCCGCCGGCUGCGGCAGCGCCCCGUGAUACCCGGCGCUGCGCCUUCUCGCCCUCCUUCUUUUUUUUUUUUUUUGGUUUUUUUUCCUUCCCCCUUUCCCCCACCCUCCCCCCCUUCGGAUUUUUGUUUUACAGCGCGCUGAGAGCAGCCUCUCUGCCUUUUACUUGAUUUGCAGGUUUGUUGUAUCUAUUUGGGGGCUUAUUUCCUCAUCCUUUUUUGCUGUCCGGCUCACUCAACCCCCGACUUUUAUCCAGUUGUAGCAACUUGCUUUUUCUUUUAUUUUUUUUUUUCUAUUAUUAUUACUGGUAUUUUUUUCACUGGCGCCUCCCGUGCGUUUCCCUAUUGCGAGCCUCCCUCGCCGCCCGGUUUUUUAAGAACAUUUUUUCUGCAGAUCCCCUCUCUGUUUGCACAGAUCCCCUUUUUAUUUUUCUCGAAUUUUUUUUUUUCUUGUUGUUCGCUGUUAAAGUCACUUUUUUUUUUUUUUUUUUUUUUUUUUUUUUUUUGGUGGUGGGGGGGGGCGCUGUAUUUAAACCCUUAAAAUGCACUGCUAUCUGCUGAGCGUGCUCCUCACCGUGGAUCUGGCCACCGUGGCUCUCAGCCUGUCUACCUGCAGCACCCUCGACAUGGAUCAGUUCAUGCGCAAGAGGAUCGAGGCGAUCCGGGGGCAGAUCCUGAGCAAGCUGAAGCUCACCAGCCCCCCGGACGAGUACCCCGAGCCCGAGGAGGUGCCCCCGGAGGUCAUCUCCAUCUACAACAGCACCAGGGACCUGCUGCAGGAAAAAGCCAACCACAGAGCCGCCACUUGCGAGAGGGAGAGGAGCGACGAGGAGUACUACGCCAAAGAAGUCUACAAAAUAGACAUGCAGCCUUUCUACCCCGAAAAUGCCAUCCCACCCAACUACUACAGCCUCUACUUCCGAAUCGUCAGGUUCGACGUCUCGGCCAUGGAGAAGAACGCCUCCAACCUGGUGAAGGCUGAGUUCAGGGUCUUCCGCCUGCAGAACACCAAGGCCCGCGUCUCAGAGCAGAGGAUAGAGCUCUACCAGGUUUUAAAAUCUAAAGAACUGUCAUCGCCAGGACAGCGCUAUAUCGACAGCAAAGUAGUUAAAACAAGAGCUGAAGGAGAAUGGUUGUCUUUUGAUGUCACUGAGACUGUACAUGAGUGGCUGCAUCACAGAGACAGGAAUCUUGGAUUUAAGAUAAGCUUACAUUGUCCAUGCUGUACCUUCGUGCCUUCCAAUAAUUACAUCAUCCCAAAUAAAAGUGAGGAGCUUGAAGCAAGAUUUGCAGGUAUUGAUGACUACACAUAUUCCAGUGGUGAUGUGAAAGCUUUAAAGUCCAAUAGGAAAAAAUACAGUGGGAAGACCCCACAUCUUCUGCUAAUGUUGUUACCCUCCUACAGACUUGAGUCGCAACAGCCCAGUCGGCGGAAGAAGCGUGCUCUAGAUGCUGCCUAUUGUUUUAGGAAUGUGCAGGAUAAUUGCUGUCUGCGUCCACUUUAUAUUGACUUCAAGAGGGAUCUUGGCUGGAAAUGGAUUCAUGAACCUAAAGGAUACCAUGCUAAUUUCUGUGCAGGAGCCUGCCCCUAUUUAUGGAGCUCAGAUACUCAGCACAGCAGAGUACUCAGCUUGUAUAACACCAUAAAUCCAGAAGCUUCAGCCUCUCCAUGCUGUGUAUCCCAGGAUUUGGAACCCCUCACCAUCCUCUACUACAUUGGAAAAACACCCAAAAUCGAACAGCUGUCCAACAUGAUUGUAAAGUCUUGCAAGUGCAGCUAAAGGAUAUCUCUGAAACAGCAUGACAUGUGUUUAUUAAAAAAAAAAACAAAAAAGAUAACCAAGGAAAAAAAGAGAGAGUGAGAAGGAAAGAAAGAAAAAUAAAAAUCCCGGAUUCAUUUUUUUAAAAGAAAAAAAGAAGAAAAAAAAAGCGGUACUUGUCUGAACUGUUUGAAAGUUUGUUUUGUUUUGUUUUUUUUUUUAAACUGGCAUCUGAAGCAAAACAUUGAAGGCUUUUUCCUACAUUUCACCUACACAUAGUGUGAGAUAGACAAGAAGCAAAGUUAAAGAAAAAAGAAACCUUUUAAAAAAUAAACACUGGAAGAAAUUUGUUAGUGUUACUAUGUGAAAGGAAAGAAACAGGAAAAUCCCAUGAAGUGGAGUUGCUGUAUCUGUCCCAUGCCUUACUUGAUCUCUCUGUAUUGUUAUGCAAUAGGCAUCCUACCCAUUCCUCUUAGCUAUAGAGUUAACAGUGCAUUAUUUAUUUGUGUGUAAAAACUAUCAAAUGAACAUUUCUGUAUCACCAUUGGAAAAACGGAAACCAGCCAAUAUGGACAAAGUGGAGACCAAAUAAGCUGCCAGAAGUACAUAUAAAGCCUAAAGGAACACAAGCUCAAAAGAAUCAGAAAAGUAAUGGUUAGUUUAGUUCAAUUAAAAUAGAAAUCAGUUAUUACAUUACUGACAAACUCUGCCUUAAAAUACCUUAUUUUUCAUGCCAUCUGCCUAGAGAGACUUCUUGUAAGGUCUCAAACCCUUGUUUUAAAUACUGAAUAAUUUACUAAUAAAGGACACUCUGUUUCAGUCUCAAAGACAAGUCUAUAAGAUUUUUUUUUUUUACUGUAAAUGAUUUAAAAUGUCAGUUUAGUAAACCAGUGAAAUAUUUAACAUGUACUGGUCUAAUCUUCAGACCUUAAUAUGUUGCUGUAUAGCUAUGCUAUGGGAAUUUUUUUUUGUUCUUUUGGUAUAUGUAACCAUACCUAGAGUAUUACAAUAGGUGGGUAGUAAAAGCCAGCUUAAUUGGAAACAUAUCUGUAGAUCUCUAUUUGUAAACUAUUAAAAAAUUACGUACUUUAUGUGUAAUGUGUAAAUUUUCACCAUAUUUUUGUACUCUGUAAUACUGUCAGCUCUCAUGACUUUGAAUUUGAAUUUGGGGCUCUUUUGGAUCACUCAGAAUCACGUGUUUCCCUCUAGCUGGCCAGUAUGAGUAGAGUCCCUAUAUUUUGACUUGCACUACAAAUACAUGUUUUAUAAUAAUUGCUAUACAUGUGCUUUGUAUAUUGUUCAUCAUUAUGACAUAAGCUACCUGACCCCAUUUGUUUUUCUGUUCCAUAAAAAAGGAUGGGUUAAAGCAGUCUCCCCCCCUCCUCCUCCAGCUUGGACCACGUUCAGAUUUCCUUCCCGUUUUCUGUCGGCUGUAGGCGCUCAAACAGGUGGGCAGGGAGCAAAGAGAUGUGUCAGCCUGGCUGAGGCAAGGCAAACCCCUGCAGAGAAUGGCAUCCAGCCCUGUGCAGGAGGCUGCAGGCAGCACCUAUACAUAUAUAUAUCUGUGUGUAUAUAUUUAUGUGUCACCUGGCUGCAGGCGGCGAUCCCGCGUGGGGCGGGAGCGGAGCGCGCCGGGAUGCACCAGCCUGGCACAUCAGUCCUGCAGCUCCUCUGUGGGCUGCCUUCUCCUGCUGCAGCCUUGCCCUUCACUCCUGCAGUGGCACAGCAGGGCCCUUCAGGCUGUUGGGGUUUGUGUGAGGAUUGGCAGGAUCAGACCCUUGGUUUUUGCAAGUUCGCCCUUAAAGCUUCCUUUAGAAAAUCGAGAGAGGAACGUGGGGGUUCCUGGGGUUUUGUUGUUGUUCAUAUUGUAGAGGGAGUAAAAAGGAAAAAAAAAAAAAAGAUCAUGUCACAUACUUCAUUUUUAAAAAGCCCCAACCUAAAUAAGAAUAAAAGAAUUCUGAAGAAGGCACAAAUGUUUCAUUUCACGUGAUGAAUUCUUCUGCAGAGCAAAGCUGGAAACCUGCAAUGCAAGGUUUGGUUGGAUGAGAGGGACAUUUUCUGCCCUUGUCCUGAGCAGUGUUGGGAGGACACUCCUGAGCUUGGUGUUGUCAGCUCCACUUUUAGAAGUGCAGUUUCUUUGGCUUCAGCAGAGCACUGGUGCACUGAGGUGCCAUGGCUGGCACAGGCAGCUGCCCAGCCCUUCUGUGGAGCCUGUGCUUGUUGCCUGGAUGGGAACAUUGCCCCAGAGAUGACCCAGUCCCACCCACUGGCUCAGGAGCAGAAGGUAUGCUAGACUUCUGAUAUACAGAACAGGUGAAGAAUCUGUCCUGCUAACACUUGCUUGAGCCAGACUAACUCCAGUUGGAAAAGAUGCACUGAACUCAGUGAAACUCCUCAGGGUAAUGCAUACUCUGGAUUUUGCUGUGUAACAACAGCAAAAUUAGUUUUAUCAGGUUCAGUAUGAGAACUGUAUUUUUGUUGGAUAGGAGAGAAGACAAGGGUGAGCACAUUUGACAAAACUUAAAAAUAUUUUUGCAGUUUUCUGAUACAGGAAUGCAGCUCAAAACCAGUUUUGAAAAAGUGGAAUGGGGGAUAGCAUAGUUGUCCAGCUCUACUUACUGUAUGCUGGAUGCAGCUGAAAAUUUGGACUUGGAUUUGGAGUUCUUCUCUAAGCAAAAAACACUAUUUCUAUAAGUCAUUGCCCCAAGAUCAAUUUUUAAAAAUUUUUAGUGUUCUUCAAAAUGCACUGAUAAUAUUUGACAUUCUCAAUUUUAAAGUUCCUACAAUGUUGGUUUUUUUGGGUUUUUUUUUUCAUUAGGCAUGUAUUUCCCUUUAAUUACCAAAGGUGUUAGGCCUGAUCCUACAAUAUGCAGAACUCAUGGGAGAAAAACCCCACUGCAUGGUGGGGUAAUGUGAGUCCUUAGCACCUCUCAGGUCUGUAAAUGCCCCUGGGAUGAUCUUAAGAUGUGUCUGCAACAGCUCAAGGGCCUUAUUUUGGUGAGCUGAUUGCCACUGUGUGAGCCAAGUCCCUGGGAAGUGAUGGGAAAUGUUCAGAGAGAUCAGACCAGGGGCUGAAGGGCUGAGGGGGAAUCACAGCACUUGGCUGGGUGGGGUAGGACAGCACUUCCUACGUGUUGAGCAUCAAUAAAUCUGUGUGGUUGGCAUGGGUUAAAGGAGAAAAAAGAAAGGAACUUAAAGGACAGCUGUGUUGUACUUUGGUGAUUGAUUACUCUGUAUUUUAACACAUUGUAUGUCUGUUUUUGUGGUGCUCUAGUGGUAAAUAAAUUAUUUCAAUUAUA